AUGGCUAGUGACGAACACAAAGAACUGGCUGAAUAUUUGAAAAAAGUUCACGCCGAUUUAAGAGCGAGCGCUGCUGAAAUUGGUUCGAAUGAUGCAUGGGCAUUGCAUUGUAAAAAUGAGGACGUUUUACGAAUAUAUGCGAAUUAUAUGAAAACGUUAGCCACAACACAUUGGGAAAAAAACUGCGCCAGUGAAGGAAGCUUAGCUUCUUCACGUAUUAGUUGGUCAGUUCAACUAUGUGAUGAGUAUUUUAAUAUUGACGGCCUCAUGAAGUACAGAGAAAGAGACAUAGACAUAAGCAACAAACUGAAAAUUACUUUGGAUAAUUUUAAAUUAUUCUCACAACCACUAAAAUUACUUGAUGUUGGAAGUUGUUACAACCCCUUUAAGAUUUAUUGUCAAUUUGAUGUUACUGCUGUUGAUUUGUGCCCAGCUAAUGAGCAUGUACUGAAAUGCGACUUUUUAAAAGUAAAUAUAGGGAUGGAAAAUAUCAUACAAGAUAAUAUUAUUUACCAAUUACAAGAAUCUUCAUUUGAUAUUAUUACAUUUUGUUUUUUGCUUGAAUACCUGCCCAGUUCAGAAUUAAGAGUGAAGGCAUGUGAAACAGCGUACAAAUUACUUAGAUCUGAAGGACUUCUUGUUAUUACUACACCAGAUUCUAAGCAUGUAGGUGCUAAUGCUAAAUUAAUGAAAUGUUGGCAGUAUACACUAGCUUGCUUGGGAUACACUAGAAUUAAGUAUGAGAAGUUGGCACACAUGCACUGUAUGGGUUUUAGAAAAGCACUCCAUAAAGAUGUUGCUGCAAGAUGGGCAAUCUUACAUAAAAAAAAUGACAUAGAAUUUGGUAUAAACAUACCUCAAGAUCAUAAAGUAUUUAAUCAGAACUUAGAAAAUAAAGUAUCCAAUAUACAGUUUAAUUCUGAGGUUCUCAAAGAACUGCCAUUUUGUAAUUUAUGA